AUGGAAUUGUUGAAGCGUGCCUUGAUCUCAGCAUCUCCUCUCACUGACGUAUUCUUGGCUCCAGAAGCUGGUGGAUCCAAGCCUGUGUCGUCUUUUGCAGCUGGACUAGCUUCGCAAGAUGUGCAUGGGAGGAAUUCUUCAUAUAAUCUCCAGAUAACAGUGAGCAAGUCAAAGAACAAAUUCCUGUUUGCUGAGGAAGAUUUCGCUGAUUUUCUAUUCAGUUUCCUGGCCAUGCCUCUUGGAUCUACUCUCAAGCUUUUAGAUGGCAAUGUCAAUCUGGGUUCAAUGCAUAAUCUGCAUAAAAGUGUGAAGGGUCUGAAUCCUUCAUGGUUUGGACAUUAUCGCUCUCCAUACUCUCCAUUCUCUCCAUUACUGGAUCUAAAGGGUGCUUCUCAAUAUGGCUGUAAGAAGCAGAGAUUAGAUGUCCUAGAAGAAGAAAGGCCUAAAUACUAUCAUGGCACAGGCGUCUAUUGAAAUAACACAUGUUAUUUAAGCAAUAAUGGAGUGAUUUCGAAGGACCCUGCUAAGACACAGAGUCCAUCGCCGCUGAUGUUUCAUGACCCAAGAUCUGCUGAUGGAAGGAGAGGAUGCGUGGGAUUUGUGAGAAGACCAGCACUUUUUGCUGUGAUGGAUGAUCUCAAGUCAAGCCAUUGACAUCUACUUCAAGCAUUUCGUUUCUGCAGAAAUUGAAGGUCCCUCUGAACGAUUUGGAACAGCAUAAGGUGACAAUUCACAAGACUGAGGCACUGUGUCUGUUGGGAUCAUCUUUGACAUCCCAAGCUGCAUUGAUGAAUGGGCUUUUCUACCUGGUGAAGAAGCAAAAAGAAGAAGCGACCAAUGUUGAUCCUACUCGGCCCGCCUACUGAAUAAUGGAUAAUUGUAUUAAAAAAACAAAGAAACCAAAGCUUGAACUUUUUGCAUCUGGUUAUAAGGGAAGGGGCAUUCUAGAACUUCUUCAUUAAGUUUGGAUAUUUUGAUUUUGCAUCAGAUGGCAAUGGCAAUAUCUUGCAUUAG